AUGGACAUCAGUGAGAUCUUUCCAACUGAGCUGGCUGAAAAGGUGCAGAGUGAAGCAAAACCAAGUUUUGUAAUCUUGCCACAGAACACAGAGGUAUUGCAAGGUUCAAGUAUUACACUGGAAUGCAGUGCAGCUGGAUACCCACAGCCCUGGAUCACCUGGACCAAUGAAAAUGGAGAACUUCCAGCUGAUGAGCGAUAUAAAGUCACUUCGUCAGGAGGUCUCUUUAUUCAUAAUGUUACCCUGGAGGAUCAGGGGCAAUUUAUCUGCCAUGCUACCAACAACCAAAGUUCCAUUCAAGCCUCUGCAAGUAUUAUUGUGCAAGCUCCACCAAGGUUCACUAUUUUUCCCAGAGAUGAGACAGUGAUAGAAGGCAACACCAUCGACUUUGGAUGUGCAGCAGAAGGUAAUCCAGCUCCUGUAAUUACCUGGACCAAAGCAGGAAGCCAACUGCCUAGUGAUGGGCGCCAUGCUGUUUUGUCAAAAGGUGUUUUGCGUAUCAGCCAGGUAGCUCUCCAUGAUCAGAGCCAGUAUGAAUGCCAGGCUGUCAACCAUGCAGGUGUAAGACGUACAACAGUACAGCUGACAGUGCAUCCCAAAGUGCUGCCAGUUUUCAGCCAAGUGCCACAGGAUGUCAGUGUGGAAGUUGGACAAGAUGUAGAGAUUCCUUGCAGUGCACAGGGAAUACCAGAACCUGUAAUUACAUGGAAUAAGGAUGGUGUACAGAUCACAGAGAGUGGGAAAUUUUACAUCAGCUCUCAAGGAAUACUGACUGUCAGAGAUAUUGGUCAGUCAGAUGGGGGAAGAUAUGAAUGUGUGGCAAGGAAUCCUUCUGGAUAUACCACUACAAGCAUGCUAUUGAGUGUUACUGUUCCAGAAGGAAUACGAGUUGGAGACAACUUUGUUGAGCCAUCCGUUCAAGAUGCCAUUCGCAGGGUUGACAGUGCAAUCAAUUCCACACGAAGAAAUUUAUUUGACAAGCAUCCCCUUACUCCAAGUGACCUACUGGCUUUGUUCCGCUAUCCUCGGGAUCCAUUCACUGUUGAAACAGCACGAGCUGGAGAAAUCUUUGAACAAACUCUUCAACUAAUCCAGGAUCAUGUGAAACAGGGCUUAACUGUGGAUCUGAAUGGAACAGAUUUUCGCUACAAUGAACUAGUGUCUCCACACUACCUUAGUCUGAUUGCCAACCUUUCUGGAUGUACAACACACAGACGUACUCCUGACUGCUCUAAUAUCUGCUUCCAUCAAAAGUACAGAACUGCAGAUGGAACCUGUAACAACCUGCAGCACCCUAUGUGGGGUUCAUCUCUGACAGCUUUUGAAAGGAUCCUAAAACCAGUUUAUGAAAAUGGUCUAAGCCUUCCCAGGGGGAUUAGUGUCCAGAGCUCAUACCAUGGGCAUCCUCUCCCUCUACCACGACUUGUGUCAACAACAUUGAUAGGCACAGAAACAAUAACUCCUGAUGACAGGUAUUCACAUAUGCUUAUGCAGUGGGGACAAUUUAUUGACCAUGACUUAGAUCAAACGGUACCUGCAUUAAGUAUGUCAAGUUUCUCUAAUGGACAGCCUUGUAGCGCCACUUGCAGUAAUGAUCCACCUUGCCUUCCCAUCCAAAUACCUCAGAAUGAUCCUCGUGUUAGAGGUGCUAGGUGCAUGUUUUUUGUCCGCUCCAGCCCAGUAUGUGGUAGUGGGAUGACUUCUUUGUUGAUGAACUCCGUGUAUGCAAGGGAGCAAAUUAACCAUUUAACAUCAUACAUUGAUGCCUCUAAUGUCUAUGGAAGCAUAGAUAAUGAAGCAAGGGAGCUAAGGAACCUUACAAAUGAACUUGGCCUUCUGAAGCAAGGGCUUCUUGUAACACGUUCUGGAAAGCAUCUUCUGCCAUUUUCAUAUGGACCACCAACAGAGUGCAUGAGGGAUGAAAAUGAGGAUUCGACUCCAUGCUUUCUUGCAGGUGACCACAGAGCUAAUGAACAGCUGGGACUGACAGCUAUGCACACAGUGUGGUUUCGUGAACAUAAUCGAAUUGCUGGAGAACUGAAAACACUUAAUCCACAUUGGGAUGGGGAUAUUAUCUAUCAUGAGGCAAGGAAAAUAGUUGGUGCUGAGAUGCAACACAUCACUUACAGUCACUGGUUACCAAAGAUCCUGGGAGAUCAUGGUAUGAAAAUGAUGGGGGAAUACAAACAUUAUAAUCCCAAUAUUAAUGCUGGAAUAUUUAAUGCAUUUGCUACUGCAGCUUUCAGAUUUGGUCACACACUGAUUAAUCCCAUUCUAUAUCGUUUCAAUGAAACAUUUGGAGAAAUCCGAGAGGGCCAUAUUCCUCUGCACAAAGCUUUCUUUUCACCAUUUAGAAUUAUCCAGGAGGGCGGUAUUGAUCCACUUCUGCGUGGCCUGUUUGGGGCUGCUGGCAAGAUGCGCAUGCCUUCUCAGCUUCUUAACCUUGAACUAACAGAGAGACUUUUCUCUAUGGCACACUCAGUUGCACUAGACUUGGCAGCUAUUAACAUCCAGCGAGGCCGUGACCACGGAAUCCCACCAUAUGUUGACUACAGGACUUUUUGCAACCUUUCCAUGCCUCAAACCUUUGAUGACCUCAAGAAUGAGAUUAAAAGCCAUGAAGUUAGAAACAAACUUGAAGAGUUAUAUGGUACACCACUGAAUAUUGACCUGUGGCCUGCACUGAUGGUAGAGGAUCUGAUUCCUGGAACAAGAGUAGGGCCCACUCUCAUGUGUCUCCUUGUUACCCAAUUUCAGCGUCUCAGGGAUGGGGACAGAUUCUGGUAUGAAAACCCAGGUGUGUUCUCCCCAGGUCAGCUUACACAACUUAAGCAAGCUUCAUUGGCACGCAUACUGUGUGAUAAUGGUGACAAUAUCCGGCAUGUCCAGUCUGAUGUCUUUCUAAUGGCCAGUUACCCACAUGGGUAUGUUAACUGUAAGGAAAUUCCGAAGAUUGAUUUAAGAUUGUGGCAGGACUGUUGUGAAGAUUGUAGAACUCAGGGACCAUUCAGGGCACUAUCGGAGCAAUUUCACAACAAACAUUCUGAUGAGUUCAGCUACCUAGAAGAUCAACACAGAAGUGGACAAAGAAAUCAUGCGGCAAGACGCAGAUACACACCUGAUGAAAAUCUGUUAAAGCGUGUGCAGAGAAAUGAAACUGCUAGUUCAAAUCCACUGCUUCUUUAUGUUGAGGAUUUUAAUCUCUUUGUGGAGGACGUGCACCGAGCAAUCUCUUCACUUAGGAAGCAGAUAAAUAAACUGGAGGCUCACCUUAGACGAGAAGGCUGCACUGAUGAAAGGGGUAUCCAUCACAGAGAAGAUGAACACUGGUCAAAAGAAGAAUGUGUCAGCUGUCAUUGUAAGCUUGGCCAAAUACUGUGUCAUAUGAAGACAUGUCCUGCUGCAUUAUGUGCAAACCCUACUGUAAAGAAAGGAAUGUGCUGUCCUGUCUGCUCAGUGAAUAAAAAUUUACAGGAACCACCAGGUCAUCUAUGAAACUCUUUUAGAAGAAAUUGUCUCAGUUUUCUGCAUUAUCUACUGAUCAGAAAGGAAAUAUGUUUAAUAAGAGGCUCAACACAAUAGAUCGUGAUCACUGAAUAGAGAAAUAACCUCUGGAGGGAAUUCUGCAUCAGUUGUGAAAUUAAUGUUUCUGCGACACAAUCCAGGACUAUAGGAUAAAGUUACAGUUUGCAUUCUGGUGUGAUGGGCAAAAAGAAAAAAGGAACUUUUAGCUGUCAAACAAAAAGAUAUUGUAUCCUCAUAGAAUGCUUACAAAUCUCAUGCCAAGAAGAGUUUGGAUGGACUUCAAAAGUGGACUCUGUGGUCCCAAAUAACUUCAUAGUCUUUUGUCAGAAACCUGAUAGUUGAUUCAUAAGUGAUGGCACACUUUAAGCAGGGGAGUAUUUGGUGAAUGAGAUAUAAAUGUUUACUGUUUUUCUACCCAUUUGAGACUAACAGUCUUUACAGUUUAAAGUUGUGCAAUGGUAUAUAUUAAAGGCCACAAAAAUGCUUGUAAGACUA